ACACGCACACGGAGCCGAGGAUGGUGAUGAUCAUUGAUGAUGGUGGUGGUGGUGAUGUACGAGCUCGGAGCUGCACGCGGCGCGCAUGCGGGCAGGGUGUCACGCAUUCAUCCCCGCGGACAGAACGACGGACGGAAACACAUGAUAAUUUACAUCGAAACUGCAUAAAUCAGAUGGAUAGCAAAACAUGGCGUAUGUACAUAGGAAUAAACAGCAUUGUUUGCUUACGGAGAGACGGUCACUAUUACGUGCACAUGUUGAACACAUGAAAACACACAGAACACAUGUAGCGAGUGUUUACCACUGAAACAUGGAAGUAACACCAGAAAUCAAAAUGGGCCAGCAGGUGGCGAAGUGGUUAGAGCCGAAACGUUGCGCUCAAAGCACCCAGGUAACGUUCUCGUCCCACCUUCAGCUGCAGAACCCCUUGAACAAGGAAUUUACCACGAUUCACUACAAUAGAAAUGACCCAGUGAGGUGAAUCAGUGUAUGAAUGCAGCGGUGCGCGCCGUCACCCGCAUGGGGAUAUACGUUGGAGCCAAAGUGUAUCUCAUCUAUGAGGGCUACCAGGGGCUUGUGGACGGAGGUGACCACAUCAGACUGGCCAACUGGCAGACUGUUUCUGACAUCAUCCAGCUGGGCGGCACGGUGAUUGGCAGUGCCCGCUGUGAAGACUUCACCAAGCGGGAGGGGCGCCUGAAGGCUGCGUUCAACCUGGUACAACGCGGGAUCACCAACCUGUGUGUGUGCGGCGGAGACGGCAGUCUCACAGGGGCCGAUGUGUUUCGCAGCGAGUGGCCGGGCCUGCUGGCCGAGCUGGUGCAGGAGAAGAGGAUCACAAAGGCCCUGGCCCAGCAGCAUGCCCACCUGAACAUUGUGGGUCUCGUGGGCUCCAUCGACAACGACUUCUGUGGCACGGACAUGACCAUUGGGGCAGACUCAGCACUGCACCGCAUCAUGGAGGUCAUCGACGCCAUCACCACGACGGCGCAAAGCCACCAGCGCGCAUUUGUUCUGGAAGUUAUGGGCCGGCACUGCGGGUACCUGGCCAUGGUGUCAGCGCUGGCGUCUGGAGCAGACUGGGUUUUCAUCCCAGAGGCCCCACCAGAGGAGGGCUGGGAGGACCACCUCUGUGCACGCUUAGAGGAGAACCGCAGCAAGGGGUCCCGGCUGAACAUUGUGAUCGUGGCAGAAGGAGCCAUCGACAAGCAUGGCGAGCCCAUCUCCUCCAGCUACGUGAAGGACCUGGUGGUGCAGCGGCUGGGCUACGACACGCGGGUGACUGUGCUGGGUCACGUCCAGAGAGGGGGCACGCCAUCUGCCUUUGACAGGGUGCUUAGCAGCAAGAUGGGCAUGGAAGCUGUGGUGGCCCUGCUGGAGGCCACACCGGAGACAGAGGCCUGUGUCAUCGGUCUGUCAGGAAACCAGGCGAUGCACCUGCCGCUCAUGGAGUGUGUGCAGAUGACUAAGGAGGUGCAGAAGGCCAUGAAUGAGCUGAGGUUCGAGGAGGCCAUCCAGCUGCGUGGGAAGAGCUUCGAAAACAACUGGAACACCUACAAGCUGCUGGCGCAUCAGAAACCGGCGCAGUCCCAGAGUAACUUCUCAAUGGCGAUCCUCAAUGUGGGGGCCCCGGCAGCGGGAAUGAAUGCAGUGGUGCGGUCAGCCGUGAGGAUGGGUCUGGCCAAGGGCCACAAGGUCUACACCGUCCACGAUGGCUUUGGAGGCCUGGCUAAGGGGCUGAUCAAUGAGGCCAGCUGGCACGAUGUGGGAGGAUGGACUGGCCAAGGGGGCUCCUUGCUGGGGACCAAACGGACUCUACCGAACUCCUGCAUAGAGGAGAUUGUGGACAAUGUCUGCAAGUACAACAUCCAGUCCCUUCUGGUGAUUGGCGGAUUUGAGGCAUACGAAGGGGUGCUGCAGUUGGUAGAAGCACGUGGUCGCUAUGACGAGCUCUGCAUUGUCAUGUGCGUCGUCCCCGCCACUAUCAGCAACAACGUCCCCGGCACGGACUUCAGCGUGGGCUCCGACACUGCCGUUAAUGCCGCCAUGGAGAGUUGUGACAAGAUCAAGCAGUCUGCUUCGGGUACGAAGAGACGUGUGUUUGUGGUGGAGACCAUGGGCGGAUAUUGCGGAUACCUGGCUACCGUCGCUGGCAUCGCCGUGGGAGCUGACGCAGCCUACAUCUUCGAGGAGGCCUUCAAUAUCCACGACCUGGAGGCGAAUGUGGAGCAUCUCAAGGAAAAGAUGAAGAAUGACAUUCAGAGAGGUCUAGUGCUCAGAAACGAAAAGUCCAACCCACAUUACACCACAGACUUCAUCUACAACCUGUACUCAGCUGAAGGGAAGGGCAUCUUCGACUGCAGGAUGAACGUGCUUGGACACUUGCAGCAGGGAGGGUCCCCCACUCCCUUUGACAGGAAUUUUGGCACCAAGCUGGGUGUGAAGGCUGUUCUGUGGAUCACUGAGAAGAUGGAGAAAACCUACAGACAGGGCCGUGUGUUUGCCAACUCACCGGAAACAGCGUGCGUGAUCGGAAUGACCAAGAAAGUGCUGACCUUUAGCCCUGUCACUGAACUGAAGGAGCACACUGAUUUUGAACACCGCAUGCCCAAGGAGCAGUGGUGGCUCAACCUGCGGCUGAUGCUCAGGAUGCUGGCCAAGUACCACACAAGCUUUGACGAGUAUGUAACAGGCGAGGUGGAGCACGUGACACGUCGGACCCUCAGCAUCGAGACGGGCUUUUGAUCGGAUCGCCUCACCUUCCCAUCCACCCACCGCUAGGAGGUGACGUGCCUGUGCUCCUGUCCACCCACCGGUCCCCGUGCAGCACAAACCUACUGUGUUGUGUCCAUUGUGCCUCAACUAAUGAACUUCCUAUAGGUUUAACCCUAUUGCAGCCACACCCUGCUGCUCCUUUGCCUUCUUUGGGUAAUCAUGUUUUAUUCUUCAUGAUCAGUAUGUACGUAGUUUUGCAUCUCCAGGGAGCAUUAUGGAAGUAGCUUUGGGUAGGGCAGUGUUGUGAGAGAUGCAAGACUGGCUUGCCAUUAAUCACUUAUAUCAAGGUGUUAAAACAUUUUUCAGAUACUGUACUGAUGUUUAGUUGUGUUGAAAUAAUUAGUGUUACUUAAUGUCCACAAUGCUGUGAUAUUGUUACACAAGUGACUAUUUGUUUUAAAUAAAUGGAAUUCAGUUACUAGUUUUGCCGGUGCUAGGGAACAGUAAACACAAUGAGAAGGAAAAUGUGAAAUAUUAUUACACAUUUGAGGCACUGAUUCUCUCUUGGCUCAAAAGUCCAGCUGGGUUUUUUUCACAGGUUGACUUUUAAUUUCUUUCUUACAUAGAAUGUAUCUAAUGUCUCAUUUGGUUUAUCUAGCAUUUUCCCUUCAGGGCUGAAAUUAGUGUUUUGAUCAUUUCAAUUCAUGCGCUCCAGAAUUAUUUGCUGAUUUUGUUGUUAGUUACAAUAAUAAUAAUAAUACGUUACAAUAAAUGCUGACAUGUAGAGAGUCCAUGUAGCAUUUUAAUUCUUACGUGACUUUUGUCCUUUGAAUGUUCUUACAAGCAUGGCUGUGACACUUGUGCCCCUAUUUAGUGUUUUGUAGUUUUCUAACUGUGAAAAACUGUUUCCCUAUUUCUCUU